GAUACAAGAUAAGAGAACGCUGACCCGGAAAGCUAUGAACCGCCAAUGGUGACUACUUAGGCUAGAUUCUCACCGGCACCAGAGAGAAUAGAAUAGUUGUCUGUGUCUGUCUCUUUACCGGAUCCCCUAUACCUAUCCUGUCCUGCAAGCGGCAAGAUAUCCAGAACUAGGCGCUGCCUCGCAUUGCACCUGUCAAGCUUAUACCUGUUACGGGUCGCUCAUCUAGAUCCGGAUAAGAAGAACUUUUCCCUCAUCCUCUUCUUUAGCACUGGCCAUAGCUCCAUCCAUCGAGGGAUGCCGGAAGUCAAUCGAUUCUCGCAACAUAAGAGAACCAAGUCUACGAGCACACAGCACAGGGCUUCACCCAAUCUGUUUCUCAUCCUGUCCUGUUCCUGUUUGAUUGAAAGCACUGGCCUGGAUAUAAGGAUGGUUAGAUGAAAGCCAAGCCCAAAACACAAGGUGACUUAGAGAGAUAUCCAGAAGAACCAAUAACCCUAAACGGAACAAGCAAGGGAAGCUUAGAUCUAUCCUGGACUUGACUUGUUUCUUAGGUUGCUGUUUCCUUUCCGUAAGGUUCGAUCAUGUCACUUAUCCCGGCGAAAUCCUAAUUCGUAUGCUUCUAAGGAUAGGUGCAAUCGACGGUAAAGACACAUCACGAGAAGAAUCCUUUCAAUUGAGACUAUGAUGUUUCCAUCCUUUCCAAUAAAAAGAAGCUAGUCUACCAGCUUUCCUAACAACCAACACAAGAAAUGUAGACGAACACAGAAAUGAGAUAACUAGAACGAUGAAAUCCACGGAAGAAAGAAAGAAGCCUUCCCUGAAACCCGGGCUAUUCAACUGUCUUUCCUCGAAACAAGAGACUAGGAAGUAUUAAGAUUCCAAGAUUCAUUUCAGCUUUUUCCAGGGAGCAGCUGACCUGAGACCAAUCCUUUUCUUUGAUUCAUACAACCCGCCCUGAAACCCCUCUGUCAAUAAAAUAAAGCCAAGCUAAGAAAUAGAGAUUAGCAUCACUGUAGAAAGCACUUUCCCUAUCCCUCGGAUUAUAUGUCAUUAAUAAGUACAGUGUCGUGCGAUCAUGAUGUCAUUAGAAGUGGAGAAUCAAAAACCACGCGUCAGAACCAAGGAAAUAAACUUCGAAAGCAAGGUCAAUAGACUCACUUCUACUUCGGAAAGAAUGAUAAGAUCCAAGGAAUGAAUGAUAUCCGGAUUCGCAACCUUUAAGGUUACUAGAUGGCAGUAGGUCAGAUAUCAAUCAAGGCAAGGGUGAAACCACUCUUUUAGAUGCACGCUCUACCCAACUCUACUCGAAUGGUGUUGGUGGAUAGGUACCCGGGCUAAGAAACUGGAAUGGAAAUAUUAGAAAAGGAAACCUAGGAUAGGAACCCGCAAUGGAUGGACUUGAAACCAAUGGAAGUGCCGCCCUGGUCUUGCUAAAGACACAUCACGAGUACGAGAAUCCAUAAUAGAGCUGUUGCUCUAGCACCAACGUCAACCUUACCGAACCUGGCAAGAUAUCAAGAUUUCCAAUCAAGCAAGGAACCUGCUCCAUCCAAUAUCCUUUCUGGAACAGAGACACCCAAAAAAGCUAGGAGCCCACUAUGCUAUGCUUAGACCUGGCCUGGAGACAUCACAAACCUCGUCAGAAACCGGCGCACCUAUGACACGAAUCUCCCUAUGAACCAAUGGUUGUCUUUCCUAAAGCUUACUACUUACCCGGGAAGGUAUACGCGCACAAAGAAAGGGAACUACCUCCAAUCCGUUAAACUUACUAGGAUGAAUGUGCCGGUCAAGUAUACGAUGCGCCUAAAGGAAACAACCAUUCCAGCGCCGAACUGACCUGUAGGGAAGUGUACCAUCAUCCUGUUUCUAAGGUAGAAGUAGUGCCAGGCUUGUCAAUAUGUCUAGAGUAGCACACAAGAAGAGAAUCCCAGAGUAGAGGUUGGAAUAGAGAUUCGCAGACAGGAAUGAAUGCGGAGACCAUGUAGAGUAUCUGGAAUCCUUGUAGGAAAGUAAAGCCCCGGUCUGUAAUGAUAGACAGGAAAGUAAAAGAAAUGAAUGUGAUAGGGAUAGGCGCGUAGUAAGUAAAUGUAGUGGUGCUCUAAGGUGGGAGUAACCCCUUUUGUUGACUUAUUGACUCGUCUUCCGGUUAAAGAUCGGAAAUCAACUCCUCCACAUUUCUGUUAGAGGUACGAGUAAAGGUUCGUUCAUAUCUGAAAAAGUGCUGUCUCCUCGCCAUAUUAUAGCCCCGGGGGCCGAAUUAGAAAGAAGGAUGGAGCCCUUCGUUCUGAAAAAGAAGCAAAAGAAGGAAUAUACCUUGACUCAAGGUGGCACACUAUCUUUUUUCUCGCUGUAACGGAAAUGGAAAUGUAGUUGUCUUGGAAAAGUGGGGAUUCCCUAUCUGAUCGAAUCAAAUCUGACAGGCACGACCUGCCGUGCCGCUUUUCUGCUAAAAUAAAAGCAACUAACUUACUUCUGUACGGUCGAGAUAGAGCCGCAGAGAUUCUCUCGGCAGCAGAUAUUGGACAUGAGGAUUGUUGAGGCACCUUUCAUCCUCUCAGCAAGUGAAAUUAGUUCGCUGGCUAUUGCUCUAAGCAUUUCCGGGUUCCUAGGUGGAUGAGUCUCAGGCUUAUGUGGGCGAACAGGCCGAUAGCUAACUUAGGAGCAUAAAUAAGAAAGAACCUAUCCGCAAUCAUCUCCCGGGGAUAAAGGACAAUAUCCUACCUCUACCACACCGCCAGCAACAACAUUCGCUUCAUCCAAACCCACUGCUUGACUCGAACAAAAGCCCAGCUAAUUCAUCUAACAAUGGAAUGGAUAUUCAGGAAGUCACAUACACUCGGGAUAAUCGAUAUCUUGCUAUCCUGAUUGGAGUGGAGAAACCUCUAGUUUGAGCACAGGCCUUCCUUCCUAAAUUAAAUAUGGUCAAUUAGCCCACUUUUGGAAGCUUAAUCCGACGUUCCCACUCUUUCUUCAAGCGGAAAUGAAACUUCUGGAUGGAAUGCAUAUCUCAAUUCAGUGAUAAUAUCCCUAAUCCCUCUAUCCCUUCCAGAACUCAUCCAAGCAAGAAAACGGAUGCGCUAGACGGCCGCUAGAAAACAUCUUGACCUUGCGGUUUGUGUUUCCUUUCAUUCGCCUUUGUCUGGUAACUGCUUGCUUUAGCUGUUCGGCUAUCUAGUUCGCGCAGUCUCAGUUGGUUGAUAGUCCAACAUUCCAUCCUUUGAUUUAAGCGGAAAAAGAAGCUACUCCGCUUCGCUCUAGUUCGUAGGAAGAUACGCACACACAGCACAGGGCUUUCUCUGUCUAUCAACUAAGGUUAGAAAUCGAUUCUAUAAGAAAUGAGCACUCAGAACUCUAUCUGGAAGAUCGAGGAUAAGCGAUCAAGAAAAGUACUGGCUGGCUUUGGUACGAGUAGUUCCAAGGCUUUCUCUUCCUUCAAACGAGUGCCUCUACUUUAGGGAUCGGAGGGAUCUAUCUCUAUUUAUGGAAGUCUUCCCAAGGGUAGGAGACUAUCAAUCGGAUACUUUCCACUGACCGAGCUACUUCUCCAUCUCUGCUUUCUACUGCCCGAGCUACUUCUCCAUCUCUGAAGGAACUGGCUUGUCUGGCAGAGGGAACUCACUGGCUGAGAGAACUCUCUUUUCUUAGGAAUUCCUCCCAAGCAAGGAUCAGAUACUGCUAUACUAUAUAUUUUAGUACUCGAUUUUGAAAUGUUGCCCUUGCUUCUUGACCAGAUGAGGUCUCUUUUAGCCCUUCCUGUCGCCAUGAUUUCGAGAAAAUGUGACGGCUAGCUCAGGAUGAGGAGGCAUCUGAGAAUGCACUAAGAGCUGAACAAGUGCCAGAACUGCAAUGCUGCCGCAAUGUAAUGACAAGAGUGAGAGGCUGUGUAGCUGGAGAUAAAAGCUGAUGAAGGUUAUCCCACAAGAAAAUACGAGAUGAUUCAUUCCUCUCUUUUUGUAUACUAAGGCAAGGAUCGUUUGCUCCUAAAAGCGGUUGUGAAGAACUGAAUUGCCCUUUUACAGCCCAGCUUUCCUUAAAUGGGUAGCCCCCCGCAUCACAGAGAAAAGCAUAGAUGAGGAUUGCGCUCAUGCUAGCCCGAGAUACAGAUCUGAAUCGGGUGCCGGGUCAGGCUGAUCCAUCCCUGCGGCUUGACUUGUUCUUUGGUUGAUUGGAUCUCUUCUGUUGCGAGAAUAGAACCUAUCCCUUUCUGGAGGGUUUCUUUCUACGAGAGGGUUGCCGUUCUUAUCCAGAUCUAGAAUUGUGACGUGACCUUGGUGAUCGAGAUGUGUUCGAAUAGUGCUAGCCCGUUCUGCGAAUCCAUAUUAGCUCUCUUCAUACCAUACGUUUCACUUGAGGGAGGACUAUUCAGAGUGGAGAUCACUGCCCGGAAACGAUGGUGGAACCAGUUACCUUUACAAAACAGAGUGAGAAACAGGGCGAUACCAUUCACACUUAGAACUUCUCUAUUCGGACCACUUAACCAAUGUGAGGCACCACUCUUACGCUAUUUCAUUGCUAUUCUUUGAGAAAAGUUAUCCUCAUAUAGUUCGAUAGUGCUAAACGGCUAGUUAUUAUGGUUGCUAGAAGCAGGACCCGAGAUUGGCGGGAGUACCUCAACUGUAUGUAUACGAUAGAAAUCCCGCGAAAUUACUCUGGCACUUUUUUUCCGCGACCCGUACUCAGGCACUGGCACCAUUUCCAUGAAUUGCUGUAGAGUGAGGAUUCCGUGUUUCUCCAAAAUCUCCGGAUCUAUCUGUUAAGAGACCGCUUCUCAGUCUGCCUCGAACGGACCCGUACCUGUGGCAACUAAAGACUUCCCAAGUCAUGUCCACGGAUAGCGGCGAUUGCCCAUACCCCUUUGAUGCGAGAGUUCGACUAAAAAAAAGCAGACAGACUGGCACCCAACCAAGUAAUAAAAACGGAGACACCUUUCGAUGCUUCAACCACUCCUAUUUUCACAUCUCGAAUCCCUCUAGAUAGUACGCCAAUAUGAGAUUUACCGGACUGACUCUUUCCUUUGUUCAUAGAUCGAUCUAAUUACGUAUAUACAGGCUCCGCACCUUGAGGCCCAGGGAACGGAACGGCUGAGAGAGAUCUCUUACCCCACGCACGGCCUAUCUAAUAGAGUGAUGGCGAAGCUCGCUUACUGCUUUGAGAGAGAGUUUCUAUGGCUUCGCUGGCCCAGCGCACCAUACAUUCACAUAUGGCUCUCGGAUGAUCCCUUUCUAGCUUUUUGCUCCAUUAUAAUUAUAGAAAAUGCAUCUUCGAACAACGCUUCGCGCCAACGCUUUCAACUACUUGCUUCACUUUACUAGUGCUAUUUCUCGUCUAGCGCAUCCCGAUAAAAGGAUCACUUAUGUUCUCAAUUUCUAGAACCGGCUCCUUUACAGUAGUAACCAUAGUUGGAGGUAGUUCCCUUUCUUUGUUUGAUAGGAGGACCUGGAACGGCGAUCUCCCUACAUCUCUCUUUCCUACAAUGAAGGAACCCGUGCUGGCACCAAGGGGAUACGGAUUGGUUGUAAGCAUGACUAAUGUCUGGAAAUCCCUCCAAUCAUGAUAUCUUACUUAGCAGGCCAAGUUGGGUAUGAAGGAGCGUGCUAAUAGAAUCGAAUACUUUAAAGUACUUUUUCCUUGAUUUGACUGUCUUCUUUCUGCCCGGGGGGGGAAAGCAUCACUAGAGAUAGGACUACUGGAACGAGAUAGGAGCUACUGGCACUGUUCAGGGCUAUUGGUUGGCACAACUUGACUCAACUCACUAUGAGAUUCCACCUUUCAGAGUGAUAUCGAGCCAGCGAUUCCUCCUGAUGGCGGGCAUUAUGUUAUUUCAUAAGCAAAGCAACAACAACCCGUACUCGGAAGGAUUGAUUGAUCAUAGAGGUAGAGUGGCCUUUCAAAUAUUGGGCACCCGAUACAAAAGUAGAGUAGGUGGUUGGUUCGCUAGGUAUUAGUCGAUUAGCGAGGAUUGCUUGUUCCCUUAAUCAAUGAUAAACUCGAGCGAGUCACUUAACUUAGAUGCAACUCACUUCCGUGUAAAGCAUAAAGACGAAUCUAAUUUGAUCGUUGCUGCUAGCCAAAGAAAUGAUUGUCUCCUUGCUUCACAUGUUCUAUGAAUAUUUUUCUGGAUGAGCUAAAUACAAGUUUUUGCAAUUUAUAUUCUAAAUGAAUGAAACGAUUAAUAGAUUCCUCAAUAUGCUCGUAACAUUAGUCGUUACUCGCUCGUUAGGAGUUACUCAUUGGAAUCUAGAAAUGACAGAGGUGAUCCUGUAUCACAUCUCGUAAACUGGCCAGGUUACCGGCUCCACGGCCCUCCUUUGGAUGGCGCUACUGUGGUGCACUUUGGGCCCCCAAUCUUUUCGGAGAUGUGCCGGAACUUCUAUCAAUCAAGAAACCCAAAAUAGAAGGAAUGACAUAUUUUUUAAGUAAUGAGCGAGUCACUAAAAUAGUUCCGUGACGAGCAUAUGACGAGUAUGUUUUCGAUGAAUUCUAUCGAAUGUGACGAGUAUGUUUCUAUUCUAUGUAAGUGAAUUCGAGAUAUUUUUCUGAAUCUAUCCACUGUCACUGAUUGAGCGGAACAGAUAGGAGGAACUCCCAUUUUCUUGUUUUUAUUUUGAGGAACUGCACUUAUCAACAUUGGCGCAGAUAGAAGAACAUUUCUCUAUGAUUUAUGAUUUUAUGGCUUGAUGAAUUCUAUCCUUAGAUAUGAUUUUCUUCAUGCGGAGCAGAUAUGAGUUCGUAGGCAAUGUUACGAAUCUAGUUUGCUAGGCGAGAGCUACUUUGUUCUCAGCUUGCAGCACUAUAUAGAAUAGACGACGGAGCGGCUACUUCUCUCUGAAAAAGCCAAUGAGUUGUUACGAAUAUAACCGGUUUCCCCACCUAGGUUUCUUUUAGUGGCAUGGCACUCCAUCUUUUCUUCUUUAAGAUCUUCGUCUUCCACACUAUAAUAUAAUAAUCAAGGAUAAGAGUUGUAAUUCAUGAGUCACUUCUAUACUAUACUAAUCCCUGCUCGUCCCUAGAUUCGGAACAACCAAGGCAAGUAUAAUGAAUAGAAUAUAACCGGGAGUUCCUCAUGAAUUAGUCGUUUCUCGCUUGAAAAGAAUAGAAAAGAGAAUAUAAAGCCAGCAUCUGAUUCUGCUACAAAGCAUAUCCAUCCUCCUACCAUACCAAGCCAGAGUUCCUUCGUUGCGAAAUCGAAGGAUAAGAGUUGUAACGUGACGAAUAUAAGAAGGCGGGAUCCUACCCUCCACUCACUUCUCAAAGGACAAGACAGAGGCAUUCCAAUAUUUUUUAGAAUAUUCGGAAACUUACAAGAAAAAGAUACAACUGAACUUAGAACACUUAAGACAACACUUAGAACACGGAUCCCAUGCAUUCAUCCUUAGCUCCACUCACUGUGGCAUGGCACUGGGUGAAGAGAUGUGUUCGAAUAGUAUAGUAUAGUAUAGUACAGUACGGAUUCACUCAUGCUUCUGUUUCCACUGUCAAGUUGCGAGGGACAAGACAGAUCGACUAGACUGUGUUGAACGAAUCACGUAUAACGAAUGAGUAUAAAGACGAAUUGGUAUGAUUCCCUACUGCCAAAGCUGGACAGAUAGAUUUCUUUCUUCUCGCUCGUAUCCACUGAUGAUUCCUAUCUCGGUCUAGGCAGGCCUCUCUCGUAAGCACCACUUGUAGAUGCCAAUGGAGUGAGUAACACUUAAUGUAUGUUACGAACAUAAGAGACUCAGUUCUGUUCUAUAAGCAAAGCAAGAAAACUACCACUUCACUGGAGGGACAAGAGUGAUCUUUAGCCCGCAAAAAGAAAGAUCUUCGUACAGGCCCAAUCUCUAGAGUAGAAGAUUAGAUGCUUGACUCCGUUGAUACGAGAUACAAGUGUUCCGAUACGAUACGAGCUCCAAUGCUAUGACUAUGAUAUGAUACUUGGGGUAUUCCACAAGAUGGAUCGAGCUAGCCAUUCCUCGCAAGAGAUUCUAUUCCUCGGACAGGAGAUUGGAUUCCCAACAGAACCACAUCUCGAUCUGGCUAACAAGCUUGUACAGACUUCUCCUAGCAAGAUAUCCCUUGAAUGUAAUCCGUGGCCUAUCUUUGACAUUGGUGAGGGACAGCUGCAGAGCUGUGACGGAAGAAAUCUACUACUUUGUUUAGUUUAGUUUAGUAAGUAUUUAGUAUUCACUUGUUAGAUUAGAAAGGUAGGCCUACUCCAAAGAGGGGUUUAGGCCAGCGUCCAUUCUCAAGAUACGAGUCAAGAGUUGACUGCCAAUGGCAUUCCUCGCAACAGAAAUGAUCUCAUUCAUGAAAUUCUUUCAAAUCUGUAUACGGGCAUCUUGUGGAAAUAUUGCCAGGGAGCACUAGGGAAAGCCGAUACCAGCCUCUUCUUUGACAAGCAACCUCUUCUUUGGCAACGGGAUGGAUCCUAUUCUUCGCAACAGGUGGGCUUCCUCACAACAAGUACAGGCCAUGCCAUUCUCUAGACCCAUCCACAUCCAAUACGAAAGAGAUCCCAUAUGAAAGUGGAGCGCCAAUAUCACUCGAAUCAUGGACAUCCCCGGAUUCCUUCUUGGAAAAUAUUCCAGCGGGAAUAUCAAACAAACGAUCAAUCUACUUGGCCCAGGACCCAGACAUACAACCGCUUCCCCAGAACCGCAGAGAAGAGAUUGAUACUUAUUCAUUGAAUACUGCAACAGAUCCCACCUGCAGGCAAUGAUAUCAAUAUUCCCAAUCGGGGACCGCGCAUCUUGUUGUUUUGUUCAGGACUAGAGCACUUGAAAACUAUCUACCUACAGGGUUCCUCGGGUCUCUUCUCAGGUUCCUUGCUGUACUGAAACAUCUGCUAGCAAAGUGCCUGGGGAGUUUACUGAGUAAAAUUCAUAGUUUUUUAAACGUGAUAUGCAAACAUCUCAUAUUCCAUAGUUGAGAAUAGGGGACUUACGAAUCGCCAUUCAGUUAAAACCAUGGGGAACUUAAGUUUGAAUCCCCAAGCCGUCAAGAGGUAUGUGCCCGUUGACAGGUACUUUAGAAUUGCCUAGCCUAGCAGUUUCCAUACUUGAGAAUACCCAAUUCGUUACUCUUCCUUUAGAUUAGAAGAGAACUCACCUAUUAGUUUAGUCCAUCAAGUGCAAGUCUGUAUCCGUGCAAGCAAGUAUGAUUUCGAGCAUAUCCCGUCUGUUGAAGCCCGUGAUAAGAGUGUAUGUUCAGAGGAGGUGAGGGAAACCGUUGUCAAAAGAAUAUGCUCCUUAGGCCAUGAAUGCUUUCUUGAUAUUCGGAACAAAUGAGUCACGACUAAUGAAUGAGGAACGUAUAAUGAACGAGUCACGUAUAAUUCAUGAGUAACUACUAACGAGCGAGUAACGACUAAUGUUACGAGCAUAUUGACGAAUAGAAAGACGAAUAUAACCGGUAGUUCCUCAUUGGAUUAGCGAGGGGUACUUGACUUCCAGUAGGAACCGUGGAAUGCCUUAGGCACUCGUAUCGUAUCAUUGGACUGGCCUAAAACGAAAGAUACAGUGAAGUCUGGACUGGGUGUGAACUCCUCUAUAUUCCCAAAGCAAGGCUUGUCCCGGAUAGGAGAUACGCUUUCUUGGAAUUGUUGGGGUUGACUUGGGCUUGGGAGAAGCAUUUUAAGUGUGUAAUAUCGGAGUUGAUAUGAUUGUCUACUCUUGAUGAGAUUGGACUGCCCGAAGAUCAGAAGAAAGUGUUAGCUGUAUUUCAUUUCAUUUCCACAGAAUGGUAAGUUCAUAGGUUGUAGUUCACUGGUUUGGUUCGAAAGAAGAACGUAUCGCCAAUAGAGCGGUGUCGUCACCUGGAUAAUAGCAUUCUUUCAUUGGACUAAACUAAUUAGUGUCGCCAUGGGAAUAAUAAUCUCUUUAUUCGGAAUUCCUGGUCAAUAAUGACCCUUCGGGACAGAUGUGGGCUUUUUCGCAACUGUACAGGCCAUGCCAUUCUCCAGAUAGAUCCGAGUAGAGACGAUACGAGAGUAGAGUUCAUUCAUCUUAGUAAUCCGAGGAUGUCCAAUCUUUCCCUGGAAUUCAGUGUGAGGUGAGCUAAAGAGAUAGAUCCCCACUCCCAUAGGAAAUCCCCCCCAUGGGGGCGGGAGGGAUUUUCUAUAGGAACACUUGGGGAUGGGGAGAGACGCACCAUGCUUUGGUAAAGGAUAGAGAGACUAAUUUAUAUUACCAUAGUAUAGUAUAGUAUAGUAUAGUAGCGGCCGAGGACUUGCAUCUAUUUCAACUAGACGUGAAUACGGUCUUUCUCCACGGCAACAACGAGGAGGAGGAGAUCCACAUUUAGAGGGCGAGGGGUUCGAAACUCGGGGAGGUCACAUAUGGUUGUGGAAGAAGAGCUUGUACGGGCUCCGAGGUCAAAGAAAUUCGACAAGUUCUUGGUCGAUCGAUACCUUUCCAUCCCGGGGCAGAUCUCCAGAUCCGAUACGAGUGUAGAUACUUUACUCCCUUCUUCCUCAGUGAGUAACGUAUAAUGUUACGAACAAAGGAAGUGAGUCUAGCUCCACUCCGAGGGACAAGACGGAAAUCUUCUACCGAUGCCAACUGCAAGGCGUGCUUUCCUAUGAACCGAUUCUUAGACUACAGAUCUCAUCCCAACAGAAACGAUCUACUUGUACGAAAGAAAGAGAGAGGAAAGCACUUCUAAAGCGGUGGGCUCUUGUAAGUGAAAACUUUUCGGAUAAAUAAAACCCAUUUUUUUCAACCAUCUCCACGAGCACAGUUCCUGUCGUUCUAACACGAAUAGUGGGAAGCUUCAUCCGUUGCUUUCCUGGUUGAUGAUAGAUCUCACUGACCACAAUGCGCCUAUCUCCCUGGUAAUUCCCAGGGACAAGUAAAGUUACCUGAAAUCCAACAGUAAAACAAAGGUAGUUGGAAGUUAGUAAAAAUAUUUUCCAUCAGGCUAAAAUUUAGGAUGACAGAAUAUACCGUCACAUUAUAAGGAGCUUGAUUCCCAUAGGGAAGCCUGUACUUGUCAACAAUCUCAAACUCUACCCAGAAAUGCUUGCCCUCUUCGUCACGGAAGGUCCUGGAAUCAUGCUUAACAUAAAAACCUUCACGGUUGUACCGAUAUGCAGCAUUAUUCCUUCCUUGGUUUGAUGAUCUCCAUUCCUACCAUCAAAUUGGAAUGAUAUGGUUAUCUCGUUUUCAUGCUCACCUCUAUGUUUAAACAUCAAAAGAAUAAAAAGAUCAAAGGAGAUAUGUAAGUCUGAAGUAUCAAGCCAGCUUUAAGCAGAAGUUGCAAUGGGUUCACCAAAAGAUCUAUCCGACUUAAGUUUAAAUACUGUGAAACAAAAUGAAGACAUGACUACAAAAACGCAUUGCCUACCUUGAGUGGAUGGUGUGGUGAGGGAGUGGAAAAGCUAAAGACGUUGCCGUUCAUAGUAGUAACAAUAAGAUCAAGAUCGUCUCCGCCAUCCACAUUGUCAGCCAAAACCAUGGUGUACCUGUCAGUCAAAGUGCAAAGAAGUGAGCGCACUUUAUUGAUGUAAGUACAGUACCCAAAAAUGCUACCAAAAUCUCGCAGAGCAGAGAAUAAAUUGCAUACGAGGUCUCUCCAAUGUCAACAACAUCUGCGCUGCCACUUGAGCCCUCGAUCAAAUCCAAAGAAAGAAAUAGGAAUACGAGUCCUCAUCCCGGGUCCUAGACUAGGGAGAAUGGAAAGAUUUCUACGGAGGCUUGUUUAAAGUAAAGUAAAGAAGGGCCAUUUUCGAAUGCUUAUCUAGAUAUUUCUAGAAUCCACCCGCUGCCAGGCCAGGAAAUAGUGCCAGUCCACUUUUCCAUCUCUAUGAAAGAAACGGAAGCGGAAGUUUGCACUUGAGCCUUGUCUUGCCAGGUCAGUUCGGCGCUGGAAUGGCAUUGUUCAUAUCUCUCUCGGGUGGGCCUAUUCCCACUUCCGCAUGGUUCCUUCUCCACUACUUCUGGUGUCUAAUUUGCAUGGUAUUGGUGCCCGCCAUGUUCCUUGCUAUUUUAGCUGAGCUGUAUUGACUCGCCAGGAAAGGUUUAACGCUCACUUCUAGUACUAGAAGUUCCAGUAACAGCAUUAGAGUUUCGAAGGGAAUCGGGUUAUCAUCGACUUUCUCGCUUUCGACCUCUCAUUUCCCCAUGUCGGAUAAGUCUCAAUUCACUGGAUCGAGUGAUAAAAUCCGAAUUGUCAACCAACUGUGAGUGGAGUGCAGCUACACGAAGAACAGAAGGAAGGGUACACGAAGAACGGAGUCAAGCUCUUGUCGUCUGGUUUCAGGGCCAGGGCUGGGCAUAGAUCUGGUAAUGGAAUGGUAACUGGCCUUCUUUUGCCACUUGGCGAGAGCAAGUUUUCUUAUCUUCGUACUCGUUUCGAGGGUGCCAUUGGGUUGCGUACUUUUGUCCCAUGGCGAGCUGCACUGGUUCAAAUCCAUUUUCUGGUUGGUUUGCCAUCCUAGUGAUGACGAAAAACACGGGCAUUUGUAAGUAGUUGAGUGCGCAUGCCAGCUGUUCUGUUAAAUUCUCCGCAUGAUCUUGUGAUUGAUUAUCCGGAUCUAGAACCAGCUACGGGUGGGGUCUCCGCAUUCCAGAUAGCUUGACUUCCAACCGGCGUGCAAUACUUGACUCGCCAUCUCCGGCUGAGGUUUCUGUGUUUGAUUUGAUUUGAAUAGUAGAAGCUUGUUUCAUAGGAUAGGAUUCGAUUUGCAGGCAGGCAUGCUCCGGGAAAGUGCCGGUUAUUCUCAUGUUCCGGAUCUCUUUCUUGGUCUUGGGUAAGGCGGCAGGCUCAGCAGGGGUAUAUGAUUUCGAAUAGAACCAGUGAUCAGUUUCCGUUUCGAUCCACAAAGGAUGCCAUGCCGGUUAGAAUAUAGCCAGUGAUGAACCAGAUCUGGAUCUAGAUGAGUUACCUUGCUUCAGGACUGGCAGGUUUCUUGAAUCAUAGCUUACCUAUCCCAUAUUCCGCCGCUUGAAGGGUUUAGGUAGGGUUUCCUAAAUGAAGCAGCAGAAGAUGGCCUAGCUUUAGAAAAAUCAAGUACGGAAGUCCGCCUCGGAGUCCGAAGAGAAGAACAAGUGCUGCUCACUUAGCUGGAAAAAAAGUACUACCUGCAUUCCUGCACUAAAGACUAUUUGCGUAUCAUAAUUCAGUGAAUCUUGUUUUUUUCUCCGAUCCAGCCUGCAACCGGGAAACUGAUACACACUCGAGACUGUUCAUUUCACGAGCUGGCACACUUACUUCACCACGACACGACGGAUCCCAACAGAAAUGAUCUACUGCGUAUGAUCCUGGUUUCGUACCAAUCCUGACUACUGAUUCAUAUCAUACAAGUCAACCUGUGCCACUAGAUUCACCUCACUUCGCAUCCCAUCUGCGAGUUCUUCUUCUUCGGCUAUUUCCUCCACUGCAGAGAAUUCGAUACCGAUACGACCAAUAGCAGUAGCAGCAUUCCGUUUGUGUAGCUUGACUCGAACGAAUACGCCUUUCCUCGAACUCGGCAAUCCAGAGACAGAGAAGAGAAUGAGAUCGAUCAAGAGCAGGCAGCUUUUCCCUCAACUUAUAGCUAGAAAGAAAGCCAACCUGGAAACGGAAGAAGUCCAAAUCCGGAUUCCCAUUUCACUAAGAAAAUCUGCUUGAGGACAAAAAACACGGUAAAAUGGAAAUGCAGAAGUCGCUCCAACCCAGGCCCGUAGCUUAAGAUCGGCUUCAAGUCCAUUGGAUGCCGGUGGAUGGAUAGAUAGUUGGAGGUGAGCGAGUAGCGGCAGUAAAGAAAGUAUCGGUCAGUGAGUAACUAGACUAGAGCAUGUGUCCAGCGCCUAACGCGCUUAUCCUCUGUUGGAAUCGAUGGCCCUAAUGGUAACGGGACAUCAUGAGGCGUCUGUCUAAAUUGACUUGGUUUCUGAGAGAGUGGAGCGGGAAUAGCGGAUCCGCUAAAACAAGAUCUUUAAAAGUGUUCAGUGCAUCCAAAUCUGAACCUGCGAAACCUUUCUAUCUUUGUUCUUCCCACUUUCGCGCUUUCGAACUACUGGUUAUGUCAUCACCUUUCUUUGAUGUUUACUCUUUUUGGUUAGAAGAUCAGCUGCUAACCUAUUUUCAUUUCUAACUUACCACCUGUAUCUCCGGAAACGAAAACCAGAAAUGACAAUCCUUUCAACUGUCUGUACUAAAUUACUUUGUACGAAUGCACAUCUCGGCCGUCGGGUAGCUGCUCACCAUUUAAAAGUAUAUAUCCGUUGUUUCAGAAAUGGAAUUGCUAUUCUCGAUUCAGACAAGACACUGAUUUGUUUACGAAACGCUCUUGAUUUUGUAGGAUAUCUCAUUUGUCAAAAAAGCCGUUCCUUCUUUUUAAAGACGAAGAAUUUAUUUAUAUAUUCGAUAAUGGCAAAAAUGUGGAGCUGUAUCAAUGAUUCUCAAUGGAAGAUCGGGGCUUUUUUUACCAAUUCUUAUGCUAAUCCUAAGAAAUUCCGUUCAAGAAACAAUAAAAUCUAUUUUGGGUUGAACCGACAACCUGAUUGUGUGGUUAUUCUUCAUCCAGAUAGAAAGUCAUCGGUCAUACUGGAAGCUGAUCGAUCACAAAUACCGAUUGCAUACUUAGUGGAUUCCACGAUCCCGUCCCAUAAAAGAUUCACUUUUACCAUCCCAGCGAAUGAUCCUUUACGGCUGCUCGUAUAUCUAUUUCGUAAUUCGAUCACGAAAACUGUGAGGCAAAAAAGAACAGCAAUCAACGGGCCGAGAGCGGGAGCACGAGGAGCGAGUACCCUUCUGGGUAUUCGCACCUACUCUGCCGCCUCUCCUAAGUGGAAGAAGAAGUUUUUUCGCUUCAAAAAUUGGAUUGUCAUGAAUCGUAAAUUUUUUUUGAUGCUUCUGCUUCCUGCCUCGUGUUGGUUGCAAUGGUAUUUUUGCUUUUUUGAUCUCGCGGAACUCUUUCUGGCGCUCCGGAAGGCUCUCAUUGGCGCACUCGUAAUGUGGCUCAGUUUUCUAUUCCAGCUCCUAUGGGAGCAGAGUGCUACUCUGGGGAUGACCCAAGGAGAAAGUUGGGGUUCUUCCGAUAAACUGCCUUCAAAGGUGGGGGGGCAAAAACCGCUUCUAAUGGAAGCGGGGGAGGGAUCCACCCAAGAGGGGCGCAAAGGAAAGGCUCCUUUAGAUUUUGAAUUCGAAAUGGAGGUUCGGUCCGCCCCAGAUUUUAUAGAUCCGCCACUCAGCCCUACGGAGGGCGAACGGUUGAGCCCAACCACUGGCCCUUCGCCAGAAGGGGGUGAUCAUCCCCAUGACAACACGCCACCGGUGGCGGUGGAACCGGCCCCACUUCCUGAGACAAAUCCGACUCGGGGGGAGGGUUCCUUAAAAAGGCAUCCACAUCCAUAUGUAGAGGAUAUGGAUCAAAAGUUGGAGGAUUGCCGAAAAAAACGAAAAGCCCAAGAGUGGGGGGAUCUUAUUUCAGGAAUAGAAACCAAGGAGAAAAAGCGAGGCAUUGAGUCUCAAAUUAUAGAGGAAAACCACCGUUUUUAUAGUAUGUGUUGUGAACAUUUUAGGCAAAGAAUGCCCUUGAUGAUUUUACAAAAAGAAUCUGAUCGCGAGGAUAACAAGCGGGAAAAGCUUUUUUCCACUAUUUUGCGAAGCCAAGGAAAGGAGCAUUCUCUUGAAAACCUUUUGCAACUAAGGGAGGAUUUGAGGGACCCGGCGGCCUGUGAGGCACUCCGCCCCAUUUUUCGGGAGUUGAGUAAUAAACUAUAAAGUCGUACCUAAUCAAAAUGGGGUGGGGCAAAUAUCUUUCCUGGUGUAGGUUUCUCAUAGGAAACCGAGGCCCCUACUU